AUUAACGAUAACACUUAUUGAGAUAGAUACAAUCUAAUCCUAUCCAUUCUUAGUAUAAAAAUGUCAUGAUUCCUUGAAAUUAUUCUACUUGCAAAGUUAGGAAGUGGAAGAAAACGUGACGAGAGGCAAACAGAUCCAAGUUUGUCGCUGUCUGUGAUUGUGAGAGAGACUUUCUCUCAACAAACUAAAUACGGAUUCCGAACCUCGGACAGUACUUCCAAGUAAGCAAGAGAAAGGUUGAAAGAGGAAGAAAGGACUUGAGUUCAGACGAAGGUGAGGUCCUGCCAUGUAGGAGGCAAGGAGCAAGGAGGGGAGGGAUAGACAGAUAGUGAAGUGCAGCAGAGAGCGAGACGGGUAGACAGAGAGAGAGGGAGAGAGCGACAGAGAGAGUCAGCGCGCUCGAGCAGGAGUGCGCGCGGGGAGAGCACCACACCGGCCGGAUCUAAGAGUCGCGAGGAUGGAGAUCCGACCAGAUCGGUUCAAGGCAGUGGCGGGGAAAACACUUGGGAAGAUUCACAGACUCAUUGAGAAAAAGCAGGACAAUGGCGAGACAAUCGAGCUGUCGGCAGAGGGGCGUCCGGAGCUGUUGGAGGAGAAGGAGAUGCCCGUCGUCGACUGCACCUGCUGCGGCCUGCCGCGGCGCUACAUCAUCGCCAUCCUCUGCGGCCUGGGCUUCUGCAUCUCCUUUGGCAUCCGCUGCAACCUUGGCGUGGCCAUCGUCAGCAUGGUCAACAACCACACCGUCUUCCACGGCAAGCACGAAGUGAUCGAGGCCGCUCAGUUUGGGUGGGACCCAGAGACUGUUGGGAUGAUCCACGGCUCGUUCUUCUGGGGUUACAUAGUCACACAGAUCCCUGGAGGAUUCAUAUGUCGAAAGUUUGCAGCCAACCGAGUGUUUGGCUUUGCGAUAGUGGCCACAUCCAUCUUAAAUAUGCUGAUACCUCAUGCGGCUCGUGUGUCCUAUGGCUGUGUCAUGUUGGUCAGGGUUUGCCAAGGGCUUGUGGAGGGUGUGUCGUACCCUGCAUGCCAUGGAAUCUGGGCUAAGUGGGCUCCGCCCCUUGAGAGGAGCAGAUUAGCAACAACAGCUUUCUGUGGGUCAUACGCCGGAGCAGUGGUGGCCAUGCCCUUGGCAGGAAUACUGGUACAGUACACUGGCUGGUCCUCAGUCUUCUAUGUGUAUGGCACUGCUGGUGUGUUCUGGUACUUAUUCUGGAUUCUGGUGUCCUAUGAGAGUCCUGAGGCCCAUCCCACCAUCACCCCUGAGGAGAGGAAGUACAUAGAGGAUGCCAUCGGGGAGUCGUCCGACACCACGAAGUUUAACACUCCUUGGCGCCAAUUCUUCACCUCGAUGCCUGUGUAUGCCAUUAUAGUGGCCAACUUUUGCCGUAGCUGGACAUUCUACUUGCUCCUCAUCAGUCAGCCGGCAUACUUCGAGGAGGUCUUUGGUUUCGCGAUCAGCAAGGUGGGGAUGGUGUCUGCUCUGCCUCAUCUGGUCAUGACCAUCAUUGUGCCAAUCGGAGGGCAGCUGGCAGACUACCUGCGGACCCACAACAUCAUGACCACAACCAACGUGCGCAAACUCAUGAACUGUGGAGGUUUUGGCAUGGAGGCGACGCUGCUGUUGGUGGUUGGGUACUCUCACACUAAAGGGGUGGCCAUUACCUUCCUUGUGCUUGCUGUUGGCUUCAGCGGCUUUGCAAUCUCAGGGUUUAAUGUGAACCAUUUGGACAUCGCCCCGCGUUACGCCAGUAUUCUCAUGGGUAUCUCCAAUGGAGUUGGCACUUUAUCAGGCAUGGUGUGCCCACUCAUCGUCGGAGCCAUGACCAAACACAAAACUCGUCUGGAGUGGCAGGGCGUUUUUCUCAUUGCCUCAAUGGUCCAUUAUGGUGGAGUCAUCUUCUAUGGGCUCUUCGCAUCAGGAGAAAAGCAGCCAUGGGCAGACCCAGAAGAAACCAGCGACGAAAAAUGUGGCAUACUGGACGAAGACGAACUGGCCAAUGAGACGGAAGAGCUUUACCGUACUGGAGGAGGUGGACAGUAUGGGGCCAUGAGCCAACCCAACGCAGGGCCCAAUGGAGGCGGAGGAGCAGGGGGUUGGGUCAGUGACUGGGAUAAAUCUGAGGAGUUAGUCCAGCCUCCGGGAACCAAUAGGUAUCUGUAUGGAGGAGAAGCGGACAGAGAACUGCCAUAAAAGCACAGAGACGUACGAAAGAAAGGAGGAGAGGGAGAGAGAAUGUGAGGGGUAUCUGGAGAACAAGGAUGGUGGGUGGGCCUCUAAAAAUGAAUUUGUACACUGUGUGUGUGUGUGUGUGUGUUCCUCUCAAAUCUCCCCCUCAUUGCUGUCCUUACCUGUGUUGUCACAGUUAACCUGUGUCACUUAUGAGAGAGAGUGUAAUAAUUUUGUAUGUUUGUAAGUAUGGGUGUAUGCCUAUAAUAUUAAGGAUGCAGCUAAAUUAAUUUGGUGGACAGUGAUGUUUUCCUGCUCUGUAAGGUUGCGUGAACGUGUGUGUGUGUGUGUGUGUGUGUGUGUGUUUGUAUGUGCAUCCACGCUAUGUAUGUGUGGCAGUCAGGCCUUUGAUGGUGCUCUAUUAUGUGUAUAUAAUUCGGUAAUUUAGGCUGUCUGCCAAAAUCACUGUUAUGCACUUAAAAUGAGAAGAUGAGAGAUAUAUAUAUCUUUGAUUGCUGUUAGUGUGUGUGUGUGUGUGUGUGUGUGAGGGGGGGAGGGGUGGCUGUGGAUUUGUACGUGUAGACAUGUGUGUGUGUGUGUGUGUGUGUGCACGUGUGUGUUUCUUUGCACGUGUGUGUUUGUGUACCUAAGCAUGGUAAAGAGCUUCGAGGUCGUUGGUCGGGUACCCUUUAAGUUGUUAGAGUUUAGGGUCAGACGUAAGGUCAGGAUUACCAUUAGGACUGAGGUUAGGUCAUGUGAACCUGUAAGACAUAGUACCAGAGCCUUUUGCUCAAUGAGCCAACACACUUAGGCUCAAGUGAAUGCAACUUGUGUGAGUGUGCGUGUGCGUGUGCGUGUGCGUGUGUAGGUACAGCAUUGAGGGCUGGACUCUCUGUCCUCAAACUUAUUUUAAGUCUGUACUGCAUCGACCAAGUGUGUUUUCCAUAACGUUAUAUGCUAAAUGUCUCUUUCUCACUUGUCAUUUAGUGUAUGUGGGUGCAAUAUAAAGUUGGCUGCGUGUGUACGAGUACAUCUAUGCAUUUCUGUGUGUGUGUGUGCGUUUGUGUGUGUCUGACCUAUUUGCUAAUGGGUCAUGGUACACAGAUGAUCUGGCUAGUAUCUUUUGUCUUUAUGAUGCCUGUCCCUUCAACAUUCACGCGCACAUACAGAGACAAAAAAAAAUCAAUGUUGUAUGCUCUUAUGUUACAUCUCUGUGUGCCUGUUUAUUUGCGAGUAUGUGUGAGAGAAUGCUAAAUACAGUGGUAUCCAAGGACAAUAGAUAAAUGUUUUGAAUGUUUGUUUGUGUGUGUAGAAGUUGAGUAUAGAUUUUAAGAAGUUAAACUCUGGGGUUGUUCUUGGAUGCAGCUUUGGGUAUGGGAUGAGGCUGUCCGGGGGGUGGGGGUGGGCAUACAUGCAUAAAAGCACCUAAAGAUCCAAUCAUGUACCUGCGGUGCUGUUAGUGGUAAUAAUGUUUAGCCUCAGCCUGUGGGUAUUUAAAUGUAAGACAGUCAGUUCAAUGCUAUUGUAUGCCCAGACCACAUUCCAGGUGCAAACCUCUGCACCUCCCAUUCGUUUUACAAGUGUAUUUCCCUUGUGUUUGCGUGUGACAUCUUACAUGUGUUUUCCUGUGGUUCUUUACUUCAUUUGUGACCACAGAGCAGAUCUGUGGUGAGCCAACUGAUAAAAGUAUAUUCUGUUUGGGGUGGGACUUUUACCAUUUACAGUGUCUUUUACAGAUGGAAUUACCCAAACACAGUCCAUACAAGCAUAUAGGGGUAGUCGGACACUUUAUGUUUAGAUGUAUAGAAUCACGUAGACAAAUUCAGUUCAGGCAGAGGGGCAGAUAUAACAAAGGUAUAUGACUGACAUGCAUUGCACUCUUUACUCUCCUCUCUUGAUUAUAUAAAUGUUGUUUAUGUUCAUAUUUCCUGUUUGUUCUCUCAAUGUGCUCUUCUCAUCUGAUGUUUUUUUGAAACAGAUUGCUAACUUGUGGACUGAAUGCAAAUGUAAAAAAGGAGAAAUAUUAAUACAAAAAAAAGUUGAAUAUGUGUAUAAAAUAUGUAUAUGUGAAAGAUCCCUGUAAUAAAGAUUCAGAGAUGUGUAAAUACACUUUAGUGAA